AUGGCCCAAAAUCUGGAGAGCAUCUUCCAGGAGCUGGGCAUUUCCCAGUACCUCGACAUCUUUCUGGAGCAAGGAUUUGACACGUGGGACACGAUUUUGGAUAUCACGGAAUCCGACCUCGACGCACUUGGUGUCAAGUUGGGCCACAGACGUAAAUUGCAGAGGCGCAUAGCCAACUCCAGGGGCCACGCUCCCGAUGUGUCCCUAGUAUCACCAACGAGAGCAAGCGUGGAAGAGCCCAAGACCGAGACGCAACGGCCCGAUCAACCGCGGCCCGAGAACAAAGAGGGCCCAGUUCAAGCCAAGCGCAAAUACCGACGACACCCAAAGCCGGAUGAGAAUGCGCCAGAGCGCCCCCCUUCUGCCUAUGUGUUAUUUUCCAACAAAAUGCGCGACGAGUUGAAAGGUCGCAAUUUGACUUUUACUGAAAUAGCCAAAUUGGUUGGUGAACACUGGCAGAACCUCACUCCCGCAGAAAAGGAACCGUAUGAAACCUCGGCUCUGAAAGCAAAGGAGAAGUACAACCAUGAUUUGGCCGAGUACAAGAAGACUCCGGAGUUCAGAAAGUACACGGCAUACCUCGCAGACUUCAAGGCCAGGCAAGCCAGCGCUAAUCAAGGUGAGACGCUAUGCUUUAUUCCAACUCCCAUGCACUACUAA